ACUCCACUGCUUUUUAACCUGUGGUCUUCCUGCGCACGCGCCCUACGGAGCACCAGAUGGCCCAAUCAGCUAUUUUAACUCACGCCCAAAAACAAACCGAAUGGUUCCUUGAAGAUGGCGACGGCUCUUGUGGUGUCAACUUCUCUUCCUGUCAAUCCUGAGAAGGAAAAAUGUGCAACAUCCAUUCAAAAGGUUGUGAAUCCUGAAGCUUACAUCAAGCACCCACUACAAAACAAGUGGGCUCUUUGGUUUUUCAAGAACGAUAAAAGCAAAACAUGGCAGGCCAACCUUCGUCUCAUCUCAAAAUUUGACACGGUGGAAGACUUCUGGGCGUUAUACAACCAUAUUCAGCUAUCAAGUAACCUGAUGUCUGGCUGUGACUACUCACUGUUUAAGGAUGGAAUCGAGCCCAUGUGGGAAGACGAGCGGAACCGACGAGGCGGCCGCUGGCUGAUAACGCUGUCCAAACAGCAGCGCAGAGCAGACCUGGACCGGUUCUGGUUGGAGACGCUUUUGUGUCUCGUGGGCGAAGCAUUUGACGACCACAGCGACGACGUGUGCGGCGCCGUCAUCAACGUGCGAGCCAAAGGAGAUAAAAUAGCAAUAUGGACCACAGACUUCGAGAACAAAGAGGCCAUUACGCACAUAGGGCGUGUGUAUAAGGAGAGAUUAGGUGUUCCGCAGAAGGUGAUCAUCGGAUACCAGUCACACGCCGACACGGCCACAAAGAGCGGCUCCACAACCAAGAACAAGUUUGUUGCCUGAGGAUUGUUCACCGAAUUGUCUUUUUUUUUUUCUUUUUUUCUUUCCCCUGGCACCAAGCACAGGUUUUCUGUUUGUUUGUUUUUUUUCCAACCCACAAAUGUAAAGCACUAUUUCUGUGAAAUGUUUUGAAAUUUAAGAUAAAAAAUUAUUCUUUGGUUUGCCUACUCGCCAUUUGACCAAAGCUUUGUUUAUGGUGAAGAGUACAAGCAGUUUUUUUUUUUUUUGUGGUGGUGGGCUGAGUGUGUUCCGUUUUGUACUCUGGUGCGUUGAUUUAUUCCGCCGGUAGUGUAUAUAAAUAAUUUUUCAGUCAUAAAACAUUAAAGAGAAAAAACAAACAGCAAAAAAAAAAAAUCCUUUAGCAUUAAAAAAACGUUGAAUGUGAACAUGAUUUAACUAUAGAUCCUAUUUUCAAAGAAUAGUAAUUGAAAGAAUAUUUUGUAAUUUUUGGGUUGGCAGUUUAACAUAAUUAAGCCACUUUAUUGCCUCUUCAAACCUAGUUGUGAGCAAGAGGCCUCAGUUUGAACUCUUGCUUCUUGUCAGCUUGUUCAAAAUGUGAACUAAUUAAAAUUUAAAUGUUCAGGA